CCGGAUUAGGAAGCACGUGGGUGGUCAGGUCGAUCUCAACCGUUCUAAAAGCUUUCCUUUCAUUUUCUGUGAUUGAUUUUACUGAAACCAAUGUCAGGACCACCUCUGGGUUUCGGGUGGGCUACCCAGCAAGAUUUCCCCGCAUCUGGCCAAACUCCCUAUGGCGUCCCAGGACAACCCUAUGUUACUCCCGGGUUUGGUCAACCUGGAACCGGGUGGCAACCGGAAGAGACACCGUAUUGUCCACCACCCGCAGGUGGGAUCGGGUUCGACUUCAUGACUAAUAAUCAACCAUCUGCUCCUCCUAUGUCACCGGACCAGCCAUUCACAGCACCAAGUCAACCUGAUGUUCUUUCAAAUCCGACGUCGGAGGUUGAAGCAGCUCGAACCAUUCGCAUUGUUCCGGCACCCAAAGGUUCAUCUGGUCCUGCUAAAUCUUCUGUUAAUGAUCUACCCAAUCAAUCUAGCGAAGAAGGUGAUUCACACCGCAGUACCAGUCGUUAUCAAGAAGGACUGAAGAACAUGGCGGAUCUCAUGACUGAUGUUGAUCUUACCGAAGACGUUAUGGGCUCCGUGAAGAAUCGGUUUGACUUGAAUCGAUAAACCAAGUGCCUCUCACAAUUGCCUUCGAGAUUACACAGCUUUCGUGGUGCUGUUCUUACGCACCUGCUAAUAUACUUUUCGCACAACCUGAGUGUUGAUACAGAACUUUGGAAGAUUCUAUUUUCUUGUCAAUCAAUUUUUCUGCCCAUUUGGUUAUCCAUGAAUUGGCGUCAGCCACGGUAGCGCCUUGUUUAUUUCUGUGAUUUACCUUUCAUCAUGGCUGGUUAUGUUGCACCACAUGACUGCU